ACUCUACACAGAGUACACCACUUCCACAACUAGAGAGAGAGAGAGAGAGAGAGAGAGAUGGUGCAUUUUGUGUUGGUACAUGGUGCAUGCCAUGGAGCAUGGACUUGGCACAAGGUUAAGGCAGUGUUGGAGAGUGGAGGACAUCGAGUGACGGCGAUCGACCUUGCGGCUGCAGGGAUCAACAUGAAGAGGAUAGGUGAGGUUCGUACCAUGGCUGACUACACACAGCCUUUGAUGGAGUUGAUGGCCUCACUUCCUCAAGGAGAGAAAGUACUACUAGUAGGACACAGCUUGGGUGGCCUCAGCUUAGCUCUUGCCAUGGAUAGCUUCCCUCAAAAGAUAUCCGCAGCUGUUUUUCUUACAGCUUUCAUGCCCGACUCUACACAUUCCCCUUCCUAUGUCUUGGAUCAGUUUUCUGAGCGGGCCAUAGCAGAUUACUGGUUAGAUACUCAAUUUUCAUCCGAUCUGGAUCCUGUGAAGCCAGCGACUACAAUGUUUUUUGGCCCCAAGUUCAUGGCCUCCAAGCUCUAUCAUCUCUCCCCUUCACAGGAUUUGACACUAGCAAUGAUGCUGAUGAGGCCUGGGUCCUUCUUUCAAGAAGAUUUAUCAAAGGGAAAGGCAUUCUCCGAAGAGGGUUUUGGAUCUGUUAAUAGAAUUUACAUUGUAUGCAAGGAGGACUUAGCAAUUACAGAUGAAUUCCAGUAUUGGAUGAUUGAAAAUAAUCCAGUUAAAGAAGUGAUGGAGAUGAAGGAUGCUGAUCAUAUGCCCAUGCUUUCAAAGCCUAAUGAACUGUGUUCCUGCCUGGUCGAAAUUGGGAACAAGUAUAGCUGAUUGAUUUAGUCUUGCACCUUGUGACGAAUUGAUACUACUCCUUUUUCCUAAAGCUAAAAAAUUGUUACCAGUAUAUGUAAAUAAGAGAAGGAAAAAGGAUACUGAUGGCUUAGUCAUCA